AUGGCAGCCGAAGCGGCCACCGCUGAGGUCACAGCUGCCACCGCUGAGAUCACUGCAACAGCCACCGCCACAGCAGCCACCGCCGCAGCAGCCACUGGCGCAGCAGCCACCGGUGUAGCAGCCACCGGCGCAGCAGCCCCCGCCGCAGCAGGGGACGGGAGGUACAAAUACCCGCUGGAAGCGCGCGGCGCGCAAAAGGACGGACCAAGGGACGGACGGACGAAUUUCGUAUCGAUAUCCGAAUCAACCGCCACAAUGGCAGCCGCAGCGGCCACCGCUGAGGUCGCAGCUGCCGCCACAGCGGCCAUCGCUGAGGUCACUGCAGCAGCCACCGCCGCAGCAGCCACCGGCGCAGCAGCCACCGCCGCAGCAACCACCGGCGCAGCAGCCAGUGCGUGGCGUGGACUUUAA